AUGGAGCCCUACCCACCUGCAAAUAUGGAACCUACAGGGAAUUCAGAAUCAGUCAAAUUUCUUCCUCUAGAACCUAGUUCACGGCUGUCAAAUCUUCAUAUUCCACCAGAUAUUGAUGUUCAAAGCCCCUAUGCCUUAUUCACCUUAUUCUUCUCUGAAGAUUCCAUUCAUAAUAUUGUCAAUUCAACCAAUCUCUAUGCAAAAUUGAAGGGAGAUGAUGGAGAUACUGAUAAUGAAGCUCCAGAGAGCUUUGAGAAGGAUAAGGAGAAGGAUAAGGAAGAGGAAAUCCCUAUGGAAGCUUCUGCAGAACCCUCUAUAUUUAUGGAAACAUCUAAGGAAUUGAAGACCUCUAUUCAGCAACAUCCAUGGAAAAAGACCACUUCAGAGGAAAUAAAGAUGCCUGCUAAGCCAAUUCCUCAGGGAUACAAGGUCUUUGGACUAGCAGAACAUGGAUAUCUUUGGACAUUUUCCUGGUCUAGCCGCCGGCAGGGCAUAAUGCCUAUGUUUCAAUUUCCAGGAAUUACCAGAACUGGAUCCAUGGUCAUGAAUAUGAUUCAGCAGCUUCCUAAGAUCCCUAUUAUUAGACCUACUGAGGAAUUGGAUACUAGACCCUCUACUGAGGAAUCAAAUACUAGACCUUCUACUGAGACUCCUAUCAUUGAAGCUUCUAUCAUCAAAGCCCUCCCUACUAGUGAAGCUCCUACUAGGCCUUCUGCUGAAGAACGGCCUGGAGAACUCUCUACCAAUGCUCAUAUAGUCCGCCCAGUCUUUGAGAAUCAACCUAGGAAGAACCUUCAGAUUCCAAAGAUUAUUGAUGACUAUAAUCAUAAUAUGAAUGGAGUUGACCUAUCAAAUCAGUAUAGAGCUUCCUAUAGCUCUCAUAGAGUGAGCUAUCGGACCUGGUUGCCUAUUUUCUAUUGGAUUCUGGAUGCUGCUGUUGUCAACGCGUGGAGGCUUCAGUAUAUAUAUAUGAAGCAGCAGGGAGUCUCUAGGCUUCCUACUCAUAUAAGCUUCUGUGAGAAGCUCUAUCAGCAACUCUUUGAAUUCAAUUUGAAGAUCCAUGAUGAUCUACCCCAUGAGCGAUCAAAUCCAGAGCUUAUUCAUCAACGAAUUUCUCUACCAAAGCCUACAAUUUGUGUCUGGUGUCGAUAUAUACGAAAGCUAGGUCAGCAGGAGAGUAUACAAGCUCCUAGAUCAAGAUCUGGAUGCUCAGCAUGUAAGAAUGUGGCUCUUUGCUUGAAAACUAGAUGCUGGGAGGAAUUCCUUGGCGUUGGCAGAGCUGAAGAAUCUAUAUAA